AUGCUAGUGCAGUCACGUUCGAACCUGUUUGCCGGCUUCAAUGACAUAAUUGACAUGGCCACAAUUGCUGUCUCUAAGGCCGAUGACCACCGAUUACUGAUUGAUGGGAAUCCGGUACUUAGGAUUUAUGAGUGGUCGGCGGAUAUCUGCGUCAGGAUUUUGGGCGACAACAAUCGCAGAUUCGUUCUUUAGUCUAGCGGAUAUUUGUGACAAACCAGCUAUGUAAAGCUCUGCGAGCCAAAAUUUCGGUUUUGAAAACUACUUCGGAUUACUUUCCCGGGUUACUCGUCUGCACUUUUAGACAGAGACAUUGUUUGGCCUUCCAUGUGAAUCUCAAAGGGUCAGCCAAAAAGACACAGGUGGAAGCAAUGUAGGCAUACCAUUAUUGCUAAGGCCUCUUUAUCUAGUUGUGAAUAGAUGGUUUCCGACUGGGGCAUGAUUCUUGAUGCGAAGGCAAUCGGCAUCGCCGCACUAAAAGGCAUUCAGUGCGUGAGAACCACACCUACGCCGUACGGAGACGCAUCACGUUUCCGUAUGAUAGGCUUUUGAGGUCAUAAUGAACUAGGACAGGUGAGGAGGCAAGAGCCGCCUUUGCCUGUUGAAAAGCACUUUGUUCGAUCUCCGAUCAGUCCCAGCAACGACUCUUCUCAAGUAGUCGAUAAAGAGGCUUAAGAAUUGUAGCCGAUUGAUUCAUGAAGCGACUAAAGUAGGUGACCAACCCCAGGAAUGAACGUAAUUGACUGGUAUUGUUGGGGCGCGGCGCCGUCUUCAAGGCUUUGAGCUUCUGUUCGAGUGGAUGGAUGCCAGUUUUAUCCAUUCUUAGGCCCACAUAGUCUACCGAGUCGGCAAGGACAGUGCACUUAAAUUUUCUGAAUUUAAGACCUGCGUCUUCUAAACGUCCUAAGACGAUAUUUAGAGUCUCUAGUUGACUAUGUUCAGAUGGGCCGGCGACUAAUAAAUCGUCAAGAUAUGCGCGAACGUGAGGUUUAUUGUUCACGAGGUUAUCAAUGAAGCAUUAAAAUAAAGCGGGAGUCGAAAUUACUUCAAAUGGUAGUCUUUUAUAUUGAAAUAAACCCUGAUGUGUAUUGAUGGUGAUGGCGUCUCGGGAUUCAGUCUCUAGGGCGACUUGGUUGUAAGCCUGCUUUAGGUCCAAAGUUGUAAAAUGAUGACCACCCGAGAGGGAUGCGUACAGAUCCUCGAUGCGCGGGAGAGGAUAAGGGUUCAGUUAAAUUGUUGAGUUGAUUGCCAACUUGUAGUCUCCACAGAUGUCCACAGAAUCAUCGAAUUUAAGAACAGGAACUACUGGGGCAGCCAUUCCGAAUACUGUACUGGCUCAAUAAUAUCCGUUUUCCUUAGGUAAUCCAGCUCUUCUUCGACCUUCGAUGCGACAACAUAGAGGACUGUACGAGCUUUGCAGAACCGAAGCCGGAACUCUGAAUGAAACUUGAACUUUUCUAUUAUUUUUCCAGUAUUUAAGUCUGCCUGUCGUUCUGAAGUUCAGAACAGUCGAGGUGCCCAUAAAACGCCUUCUCUCGCUAAAACAUUUUAAAAAAUUUUCGUCGUAAAAAUUACCGACUUUUGCAUAGUCAAUCAAGUUAUUAGCCCUUCCCAGCAUGGUUUUUACCAGAUCGCUCUUGUGAAACAUGUCAUUUGCCGUUUCUCAAUCUACUUAUCGCUCUUCGCAAUGACCAUCUAUCUGUUGUCGUUAUUUAUUUUGAUCUUAGUAAUGCCUUUGAUAAAGUGCCACAUAAAAGACUCUUAGUUAAAUAAGAAGCUAUCGGAAUUCGCAGUCCAUUAAUCGACUUUAUCAAGUCGCACCUUUCUAAUCAUAAACAAAAGGGUUUGGUGGGUUCUUAACUUUCCAGUGAAAGCCCUAUUAUAAUUGGUGUCCUACAAGACACCGUUUUAGGUCCUCUUUUGUUCUUGCUUUACAUAAAUGAUAUCUCGGCAGCAGUUAAAUAUUGUCAAUCAUUUAUUUAUGCUGAUGAUCUCAAAUGUGUAUAUUCUUUCAAUAAAUCUAGGAGCCUUCAUUGCCUGGAGCAAAUCCAUGCUGACUUGUUUGCUCUUUCAGCUUGGAGAUCAAAAUGGCCAAUGCAAUUCUCUCCUUCUAAAUGUUGCCAUAUGUGUUCUGGACCUGACAGUCUACCCCAACCAGUGGUCCUUCAAGGCACACCUAUGGCUGAAUGUACCAUCAUCAAGGAUUUAGGUUUAAGCUACACUAAUAAUCUUGAUCUCUCGCCACACACUGACAGAAUUACAGCCAAAGCUGCCCAGAGUUGCGGCUUUAUUUCUUACAAUUUCUAUCUUCCUGAAGUCAAAUUAAGGAUCUAUCGUAUGUUUGUACUUUCCAUUCUCGAGUAUUGCUGUCCAUUCCUCGGUCUGAUGAAUGAGGCUAGUCGUCUAAAAAUUGAAAAUGUCCAAAGACGUUUUUUCCAAAAAACUUUUAGAUGGGGAACAUCCCAAUAUCUCUUACUCAGAUUGAUGUCUGCUACUUAACCUAAAAUUGUUAUGGGUUCGAAGACUAGAUGCGGGCUUGUGUCUCCUCUUUCGCAUUAAUAAUAGUUCAAAACUUUCUCGGAUUUCAUCACUUACCCCUAGUAGUCGCUCAUACAGUCUUCGCAACUAGUCCUUGAUUAUGCCUCCGCCAGCUUCCUUCACCUUUAAUCACUCUUUUUUUCGCUUCCAGAUAUACUUUUCUCUGGAAUAAACUUCCAGUAAACUGAAAUGAACUAAAGAUCUUCAGCUUAGGUUAAGGUCAAGCCGCUGGUUUCAAAUUUGAAGAUAAGUGGAGGAUAUUAUUUUAAGUGGUUCUUCUGUUAGACCUAACGAUUUUAGCCCCUGUUUUUUUGUUAAAUUUCCUUAAAUACAGGCCUCUUCAUUCAAAACAGCCUGUUGCCAUCUCCUAUUUGAGUUCUGCUUGUCUGUGCCUGUUGUUCACCAGUCGCACUCUGCAAUUCUCAAUUUGUGCAUUCGAUUUCUCUCUAAGUGUUGUAAUUUAUUUUUCCGUCGUUUGCUCUAGCUGAAAUUCAGUCAACUUGUGUUUUAGAAGUUUUCUUAAUCACAACUUGCCUCGAGACAAGAUGAGAGCAAAAGUCACUGGUCGACGUAAGCUUUCAGCCUCUGUAAGUAAGCAUGGCCUGACUUAACCUAAGUCAGAAGGCUUACCUAAAUCUAAGUCAGAUGGUAUCACUAGUCAGUCGUCACCCGUUGUACUUGGUCGACAGCUUUAUCUGUCUGCACUUGACAACUGCAAUGACUUUAUGCUAAACUUUGGCAUUUUGUUGUCAUCUCAGAUAUUCCCUCUGAAGAAUGUACGCGUCUCGACUCACUCGUUCACCGGAUCGCCAGUGAAUUCAAUGAUAGACAAAAGCGUUCUUACAACUUUCUGUUGAAAAAAUGUUCCUCGAUCUGCUCGGCCAAUGGAUGUUGCGACCAAUUUCCUGUAUUCAUGUGGUUUCAAUUACAAAAUAGCCGAUGAUAAAUGCUUGUCCUCUCGUAGCAUAAAUCCACCCAUCUUAGUCAAAUUAUUUUCAUCAAUCGAGGUUGACACAAUCUUUGCCCAUCGAGAUCAUGUCACUGCGUACCUAGAAAAUGCAAAAUUUUUUCUGUCAUGAUCUUAUCCUUAUGGAGCGCAGAAUCGGGUCUCUCAUCUCACGUAAACCCACUGUUUCUCAGUCUAAUGCUCACCAACUAGGUCAUAAUACAAGUGGCCGUGAGGAUACAGCGUGUCCUACUCCUGCGACACCUGACUCCCUCCUUCCACUUAAUCUAAAUUUAAAUUUGAUUUAUUAAAAGCCAGUUUACAGGCAUUGUCAAGGGAAGCGAGUAAACACAAAUUUGACCAUCAGUGAAAAAAAACUCCUGAAGAAUAAAAAAAUAGUUGAUGGUGGUUUUUGUGGUUUGGAGGGUUCAGGAGAAAAAAAACUGCUGGCGGUAGAUUUUCGACCGUCAAGAAGAGGGGGAGGCGGUUGCACGGUAUCGGAGAUCAUCGGACGUCAAGUCCUUUCAUGAAGUUGGGGAUAGUCAAAGUAGAGGCGUUGAGGAACAGCUGGUGAGACCGGCCAUGGUGUUCAGAGACCACAAACGCCAUCGCUACGGUACAGUCGAUCAGUAGAUUCAGCACCCAAAAUUUGUGGGAGCUUUUCUGAAUGCAAAAAUCGAGUAAUAGUUCUCUUAAAUAAAGGAUAAUUUUGCAGAGUUUUCGCAAUCAUGGGUAGUUUAUUCCAAAUAGCAAUUGCAUUUACAGAAAAGAACCGACGAUAUUUAACAGUACGUGUCAGAGGCAGAAAUCAGAAGACCUCACGGUGACUGUUACGUCGUGGGUGGAUAUGAUGUCUUAAAGAAGUGAUGGGGUUAAAUGUGUGAUUAUAUAAGAGUUUAAAUAGCAAAAAUAGUCCCUUUUGUAAUCUACGGAACCAUAAAGGAUCGAGGCCCGUAAGCCGGCAAUGAUCUUGGUAAGACAAAUGUCGGUUUUCCGGGGUUAAAUCUCUCUUGGUAAAAAAGUGUUGAACGGAUUAUAUUUUCUUCCGCUCAGUAGCACGCAUGAGGCUAAAUGAAAACGAACAGUAUUCCAGACCAGGUCUAGCGUACAUGUUGAAAAGGCGCAUUCUAAUGUCCCUAGUUUUAAAGUUUCGGAGGAUAAACCCGGUCGUUCUGCGUGCUUUGGAGACUAUCAAGGCACAGUGCUCCGAGAGAUUGAGACUCUUGGAGUAUGAUAUGCCCAGAUCCUUUAUAACCCUGGGCACAUUUAUGGAGUGACCUUCAGUAUUUAGUUGAGGUUGGUGGUCGUCGCCAACCACCAUGACUGAGCACUUAUGCCAGGAAAGAGAAAGGCGCCAUGUGCGGCACCACUGGGCGAAAGCCUGUGGAUCGCUCUUAAGGAGCUCAAGCACUAUGUCACGAUCUACCGGCUUAUAUCGAUAUACAAUUUUAAGAUCAUCGGCAUACACGAAAGGCUUACCAUUCUGAAAUAAAUCGAGUAUAUCAUUAACGAAAAGACAAAAUAAAAGCGGGCCGAGUACACUACCCUGAAUGACUCCACUACUCACACGUGUGAGAUUGGAGAUGGUAUUGGAAAUCUUAACUCGUUGUGUACGAGUGCCCAGGUAAGGGGAUAUAAAAUUCAAAUGUUUGCCACCUAUUCCGAAAGAGGACACUUUCAAGAGAAGAACAGCAUGGUCAUCACGGACAAAAGCCUUAGUAAAAACGAAAUAUACUGUGUAAAGAGCAAAACCAUGGUCCCUAGAUUGGAGAACAUAGUCAAAGAAAGAGAGUUGACAGGUGUCACAAGAUCGAGCUUUGAGGAAUCCAUGCUGAGCAGCACUCAGUAAGUUAUUCGCUGUUAAGUGACACAUAAUCUUAUCCUUGAUCAAUGUCUCUAAGAUCUUCGAAACUGCGGGGAGGGUGUUUAUUGGCCGAAAGUCAUCAAAUGAUGUAGAUUUGCCGUGCUUAGGAAUGGGCAUCAUGUGUGAUUCCUUCCAUAAGAUAGGAUAAGUUUCACUUUCAAGAGCAAGAUUAAAUAUCUUGCAUAAGAGGGAUGGGAAGUUUGUGUUUGCAUCGGCUUUUUAAAUGCUUACUGGGACACCCUCAGGGCCUGGACUAUAUGAUUGACGAAAACGCCGAAUCGCAACAGUCACAUCCCACAGAGUGAAAGUUAUAGUUUCUAGAACUGCCCCGGUCAAUGACUGGAUGGUCGGAAGCGGAGUGGUCGAGUCUUCAAUAAACGUUUUGGACAGGAAAUCAUUGAAGCUAUCAGCGGUUAACUGGGCAUCAACUAUGGGAUUUCCGAGAUCGUCUCGAAGGAUGGGAUACUGCGUCUUUCUCUGAGUUCGUAUUUUUCUAGAGAAAAGUUUCGAGACACUUAACGAAUGGUUUUCAGUAAAGUGGACCUCUUCGGCUAGCUGUUUUUCUUCAGACAAUCUCUUAGCUCGAUCAAAAAUAUCACAAAUCAAGGGCAGAACAGAAACAUCGUUCUGCAGGUGGAAACGACGAUAAAGCAUGCGCAAUCUGCGACGAAAGGGUAAAGGUAGGAAAAUCUCAUCCCCAACAUUAAUAAUUUUCUUACCGGGGACAAAACGAGAAAUAUGCGGACCCAAAAUUUCGUACAGUUUUGCAGUGCAAACAUUUACAUCCGAACUAAGGAAGAAAUCAGUCCAGUCGUAGGAAUUUAGGUGUGUUAAUUAUUCGGUUGAGCGAGUUGAUCGGAAAUUGCGAAAAAAGCUAUAAUUUGGGGACGGCGUUUUGUCAGCCUCGAAUUCCAACGUUGAAAAAACUAUGUCAUGGUCUGAGCCCCCGAGUGGGCCUAGAGAUGACACCGACGAUGGCAUGCAGCCUCUACAGAAAAUUAGGUCAUGUAUGCUUGAGCCUCGGGUGGGAAAAUCAACAACGUGAUUCCACAUCCCAACAUCCACAGCCUCAAGAAAGUCUUCGAACCUUCUUGGGCCUGAAGGCGGAGAUCAGUGGACUUCGGGAAGAUUAAAGUCACCCGCAACCAGUUGAUACUUAAAGCUUGAGUCGGCCGCAGCAUGAAAUGCCUGUGAGAGUAAGCGAUCAAAAUUUUCAUUGGCGUUGGGAGGGCGAUAGACGCAGCCAACGAGUAAGGAGAACUUAUUUUUAGUGCAACCUGGAGCCAGCAGCUGCCUUCUACUGCGCAAAAAUGCGGGAGGUCCAACGGCAAAAAUGUAAGUGUUUUCUUAACGUAGUCGCAGCUGCCCCCACCACGGCUAUCUUGGCGAUCAUUUCGAAUGCAAUUGUAGCCUAGAAGAGAGAGUUCGGAGUUAGCUACUGAGGCUGAUGCCCACGUCUCAGUUACUAAAACAAUAUCUGGACAAUGGACGAACACUAGAGUCUGAAGCAAAGGCAUCUUAUUAAGCAAAGAUCUGGCAUUUAAAACAAAAAGUUUGAAGGGAAAGGCUGUUUGUUUCUGAGGGAAGUGGGAUACAUCGUCCAGUUCUGGGCUGCCCACGGAGCAAACGGUCCGGAUGCAACCAUCCGGUUUUGCAAAAAAUUUUGUGACAUCGAAACUUCAGACGUGGAUAAAAAGGGGUAGGACUUGGGAGAGGGAAUGACGUGCAGGUGAACUGGUAACCAUUGUUAGCUAACUUAUUUUCAGCUGGAAAUCCGCGGGGCAGAUACUGCAACGUAUUCCCACCGGAACGAAACUGAGGAUCGGAUGAGUUAACUGAUUCAGUAUAGACAUUAUCAUGAGGAAUAAAUUGGUAAAACGGCCGCGGAGGAAACAAGUUAGGGGGUAAGGGACGCAUUGUUUCCAUUGGAGCAAGAAUUCUAUUAAAUGGCAGAAAAAUCGGCAUAUUCGGCCUAAAUGCCUCGAUAUGAGGGCUGCGAGGCAGUUGCGAUCCCGCUACGUUUUGCAUAUGUAUACUGAAGUGUUACAGGCAGAGUCCUUGAUGACCCUUUUUAUGUACAGUGCUUUCGCAGAUUCAUACUCAAAAAUAAAAUAAAAUUGCAGGCAUUUAAAAUGUGAUUGGGCCACAGGUCAAUCGUAAUCAUAAGGUAGUGCAUGGGUGUCUUUGUAAACUAGUGCGUAAGAUUGUACAUGACAGAUUUUACAAAACUGGCUGUGCAUAGUCUUGCUGUACAAGCCGAUUUCUGUCGAAAACUCGACGAGCAAGUUUUCUUUUAAACGAACAAAUUGUGUCAGCCGUCACCAUCUCGCUUGGAAGCGAGUUCCACGGUCUGACAAAACACUGGCUGAAUGAAAAUUUUCGUCGGUCUAAACGCGUGCGCUCAUUCCCAACUUUGUAUGCAUGGCCGCGUAGUUGGUUUGUACGGGCGAACUCAAAGAAGUCCUCUGCCCUUAAUGAGCAACCCUGGCCGCGAACAAUCCGGAACGUCCAGAGUAGACUGCAGUUUAUUUGUCUAUAAGAGAUAGGGAAUAGGCCAUGCAAAUUCAGCCUCUCCUGAUAAGACAAAUGCUUUAGACCGUCGACCAUCUUUGUCGCUCUGCGUUGCACCUGUUCGAGUAAGUUGAUAUCCUUCCUCAUCCAUGGUGAAGCUGCUGGCAUUCCAUACUCUAGAUGAGGUCUUACAAAGACACCAAAGUGUCUUUCGAAAAGUUCGGGAGGAACUAUUUUAAAUGCACGUCUGUGGCUGAGACGGCAAAUGGAUUUGCCUUUGACUUAGACACAUGUUUAGGCUUACUAGGGGUUGCUGGGGGAGUCGAUAGAGGCGUGUUUAUACCAGGCGUGAUGGUGUGUUUAAAGAGCUCAGCAUUAAAAGUAGUCGAAUUUCCUACGGAAUUGACUAUGCCGUGAUGUGCUGAUGCCGCAAAUGGUGUUGUAGAGGACUUAUUCAGACUGACAGUAGGUGUCAUUAUCUUGGUGCCGGUUUUUGCCGAUUUUAAUUUAUUCAGUCUUCGCUGCAGGGGUGUGAGGUCUGGCGAAACGGAGCAGCGCCAUUUAGGGCAGAAGUCUCUAGUUAUCUCCCUACUCGACAAGAUAAAAUCGACUUCUAUCAUGGAGAAAAGGGUAACUAGUAUCGGCGCAUUACGGCUAAGCGAGCGAAUUCGCUUAGCUUGUGCGACACUGAAACUCAAGCCACAACUUUGUAGGAACACAUGCGCUCCCUCCAUAGCAGAUAAGUGGCUCGGAAUGUUUCGCAGUACGAAAUUAUGCUUGCGUUUAAUUCGUUCCUCAGUUUCCUAACUUAUUACCCCAAUAAGUUUAAAACCUUGUACAAUUACUUUUUCAGAAGCGCUAUUUAUGUCGCCAAAAAUCAACUGGUCGACUAUUUCGCCGGCUGAUGGCCUGCUACGACUAGCAGAGGCGUAUAUUUGGUCGACUGAAGCGUCAAGAGGUUCUACAUGUACUAAAGGGAUUUGUGAGUUAAUCAGAUCUGCGGACGGCGAAGAACAUACGCUGGCACCUGCUAUGUCUUCAGUCACGAAUUUAGCACCCAGAGACGGUGGGGAGGCCGCAAGCUUUCGCCGUUUAGCGCGUGCUCUGCGGGGCAUUACAGACAGGAAAAGUUUUCGUUACAGAAGAAGGGUCAACACGUUGCCAACGUACGGAAAAUCGCUCUUAAUAGCAAGUGCUACUGUUAUUUAACUACGAAAAAUAGAAAGAGAUAGUAGGGAAAGGAGUCACUACAAAGGUUUUUUACAAUAUGCGACUAUUUUGCCAGACUGUCAAAUAAAACUGAGAAAAAUUAUAUCUUGUAUUGAAAGGCGACUUUUAAAAGAGGCUCAAGCAAAAAACAGGCAUUAGUUGCUUAAGAAUAUCCAGAUAAAUGCAGAGCUUCACUUAUCUUUGAAAUUCAGCUGCGCGCAUAUAUUUCCAUCUCAGUCAAGCCAAUUGACGCAUUUGCCUGCCCCUAAACUUGCAGCAGCAGCAGCAGCAGCAGCAGCAGCAGCAGCAGCAGCAGCAGCAGCAGCAGCAGCAGCAGCAGCAGCAGCAGCAGCAGCAGCAGCAGCAGCAGCAGCAGCAGCAGCAUCAGCAGCAGCCCCAUUUGUCGUUUCGUAUCAUCUGGACACAUAAAAAUCCAUCUACAUCAGCUAGAACGGUAAUUUCACCUGUCCAGCUGGGUGCUGCAAGCUCUACAGUUAAGUCACCCGUCGCUUGGCGUCAGAACAGUGAGACUCAAAAAUUGAAUCAGACCCCGACCCAAAAGAUAGGUAGUACAGUUCCAUUUAGUGGUACGACGCCUUCUCUUAGAUCUAACAUGUCUGUUCAGCCCAGCACGUCUACAAACCCCGCAGCUCCAAUUAUAUCCUCGAAUAAUUCUCUGUCCUGCGUACUGGUUACUUAUCAAAGUCCCACUAUAUAUCCAGCAAAUAAUUCAUACAUGAAUUGCCCUAAGUCAUUUAUGCCCCAACCUAGUUCAGGCAUCCCACCACUUAAGGCCAAUUGCUCUCAGGUACGUCAACCUACCUCCUUUGACUACCAACCUAGACCUGGUUUCCCACCCUUUUAUUCUUAUAGCUGCCUACCCUCACCCAAUAGCCCCUACUUUCCUUCUAGGCUACCUCCACCUCCCCUUCCUCCACAAUUCAACUACCAACAAGUCUAUCCAUGUUCUAACUCCCCUAGCAGUUCAAUGUUUAAAAACUUUAUCCCCACAUCCUUUAGGUCUCAUACUCAGCCUUGUCUUGCUGACUCCCCGUACGUCAAUAACUCUAGACUAACUGGUACUUAUUCUCCAAGUGUCAUUAAUUCACACCUUACACAUCCGCCUUCAAAUUUUUUAAAUACCGCCGAAAAUGGCAUUGCCGUUCGAAACAAAUUAGACAUUAUAUUAUUGAAUGCCAGGUCAGUUAUAAAGAAGAUGGCCCAAAUCAGAGCCAUUGCUCUCGAAAUGACGCCUGAUAUUAUAUGUGUAACAGAAUCUUGGACCCAUACUCCAAUUCCUGACUCUGCCCUUCUCAUAGAUUAAUUCGAUUUUUACCGUCAAAACCGCAAUAUUAGGCGUAGGGACGGUUGUAUUCUUAAUCUGAAAUCCUACCUAAAGCACUCCCCUUAUUAUUUGAAUGUUUCCUCAUUCACGGGAAACUUCUGCUUUGCAUCUGUUAUUCUCUCGUCGGAAAGAAACGCGAUUAUUGGCUGUAUCUACAAUCCCUCAAAUUCUUUAGCCAGUGAUGAUUCAAAACUCUGUGAAAUCUUUAAAUUAAUUUCGAGAGCUGCUUUCGAUGUUAAAAUAAUCACUGGGGAUUUUAACCUUCCUGAAAUAGAUGGGGUUUCCAACAGCUGUCCACCUAGAUUCCCGCCCGUUCAAGAUAUUGUCCAUUUUUCUAACUGGUCCCAACUGGUGUGCUCUCGAACAACAGAUAAUCACAUUUUAGAUCUAAUCAUAACCAAUAACAUUGCUCACCUUUUUGUUGAUUUAAAAAAACCUCUUUGACAGUGACCGCAUAUUAAUUCAUUAUUGCUUACCGCUUGCCAUUUCAAAAAAGACCAGCGCGAGUUAACUGAGGGUUUGGGGUGUAAGUUUUCUAAGCGCAUCCGUUCGACAUUCGACUUUCCAAGGUUUGGGGUUAUCUUUAGCCAGGAAGGUAACGGUGUAGGCAGCAAUGAAGACAUGUUCGUUAGGCUGCGUCGCAUAUGUUAUGUAGGCAAAACAGGAGGCUAAUAGGAAAUCGGAUGUAAUCUGAGUAUGAUAGACAGCAGAAGUGAGGAGCCUUGUGGAAACGGCCGCAGAUAUGACAAGGGGAAUGUCGUAGGCUCAUGGGUGGCCAAUUAGCAGAAAGAAGAUGUGAACAGGGGUCAGGACCUUGAUCGUUCGCUUAUCAGGCGUUUAUGGAAUGAUGCCCUGACUACCCGGGCAAAAUACCCUGCACAUGGGUGCAUUGAAGUCUCUGGUUAUCAGAACCUCUUGGUUCUGUGACACCUCCUUAAUUAACCGAAACAUCGCAUCGCCAAACUCAGGAGUUUGAUUGGACGGCCUGAAUACGGUCAGGAAAUUCAAAUUAAGUGCGCCACGCAUCCUCAGUUUUAACCACAUUGCUUCACAGUCGCGAGAGCAAUCAGUUUUGUGUUCCGACGCGAUGAUUCCUCUCUUGACGUAGACCGCUAUUCCCCCUCCUUUUUAUGCAGUCUGUCCAAGCGAAAAAGUGGUAUCCAUCGAGUGUAAUUUCGGCAUCCAAGACUUCGGUCUGGAACCAAGUCUCUGUGAUACAAAUAACAUCCCGCUGAGUAUCUGAUAUCCACACUUACAGCUCAUCUAGCUUCUGGAACAAACUCUGAGCAUUUGCAUGAAGAAAGCGGAGCUUAACCCGGGCAGAUUCCCGAACGAUUUUUAGGUCAAAGUUGCUGGAUAUUUCGUGCGAGUUUUCGAGUUCAUUGUUCCCUUCCGAGUCUACUGCUGUUUGAUAGAACUGGAUGUCAGUGUGUUGGCCGUCGUUUUCUCUGAUGAUUUUGUCAGAUAGGAGCGUUCUCUGCUUAAUAUCUGGUUGUUCAUUACGCUCAGUGUUAUUGGUUGUCUCCAGAGAAAUGAGUUCCGAACAUUUAUGAAUUUCCCAUUCAAUAUUCUUAGGUUUUUCUCGCCAGAAUUGUAUCUUCUGUGGAGUUCGACCUUGGGUUCCCUCCAUUUCUCCCGUUCGGCCGGUGAGAAAUCCCGCUGAAAAAAAGUUGUUGGGUGAGCAUCUCGCAGUGCUGGUUUCCUGUUCAGCAGUAAUAUAACUUGUUCCUUACUUUCGAGAAUAAUUUUUAGUGGUCUAUGAUGGCCCGACUCGUCCUUCAAAACCUUAACUGGUCCUAUUCUGAAAGCUUUCAAGACGGUAAUAUUCUCCUUCUGUUGUAAUAGGAAUUUUAGAUAUUGUUGGAAUAAUUCUAUAUCGUAGUUUAUUCUGUUCUUUGGGAUGUCUGAAGAAGACUCAGGCAUACCCUGUACGAUGCUGCACUUAUAGGGCGCUGUCGUUUAUUUGUAUACGCACAGUCGACAGCGCGAAAAUUUUUGUUGUCAUCACUGUCCAAUUCAGAGACAGUUUCAUGGUGCAGCUACCGCAGGGUUCCUCGUCUAUCGAGGCUUCUUGGUCGUGUGGUAUCUCUUUUGGCAGUGAGACAUUUGCUUGCAUUCUGUGUGGACUCUGCUGUCUCCUGCUGACGCUCUGACCUACUUGGUCUUUUCGGAAUGCUUUGAGACGUCUCCUGGUUUUUUGAGAUGCGCUUCGGUUACUUUCUCUGGUACAUGAGACAGGUUCUCGAUUGUGAUUGGGUCCGUAGACGGGCUGUUUUCUUUUUCAAGUGCUAAUACAGUUACUGAAAUCGUACUGGCAAUCUUUCAGGUCAUCUCCUGAAUUUCCGACAUCGAACUCCUCAGAAGAUACAAUUCUGGCGAGAAAAACCUAAGAAUAUUGAAUGGGAAAUUCAUAAAUGUUCGGAACUCAUUUCUCUGGAGACAACCAAUAACACUGAGCGUAAUGAACAACCAGAUAUUAAGCAGAGAACGCUCCUAUCUGACAAAAUCAUCAGAGAAAACGACGGCCAACACACUGACAUCCAGUUCUAUCAAACAGCAGUAGACUCGGAAGGGAACAAUGAACUCGAAAACUCGCACGAAAUAUCCAGCAACUUUGACCUAAAAAUCGUUCGGGAAUCUGCCCGGGUUAAGCUCCGCUUUCUUCAUGCAAAUGCUCAGAGUUUGUUCCAGAAGCUAGAUGAGCUGUAAGUGUGGAUAUCAGAUACUCAGCGGGAUGUUAUUUGUAUCACAGAGACUUGGUUCCAGACCGAAGUCUUGGAUGCCGAAAUUACACUCGAUGGAUACCACUUUUUCGCUUGGACAGACUGCAUAAAAAGGAGGGGGAAUAGCGGUCUACGUCAAGAGAGGAAUCAUCGCGUCGGAACACAAAACUGAUUGCUCUCGCGACUGUGAAGCAAUGUGGUUAAAACUGAGGAUGCGUGGCGCACUUAAUUUGAAUUUCCUGACCGUAUACAGGCCGUCCAAUCAAACUCCUGAGUUUGGCGAUGCGAUGUUUCGGUUAAUUAAGGAGGUGUCACAGAACCAAGAGGUUUUGAUAACCAGAUAGUACAACGCACCUAUAGUCGACUGGAACAAUCUAUUAGUAAAUGCUUCGCGAAAUUACUUUAUUCCAUCCUCUUGAAUCUCACGGCUAAUCUCUUUAUGGUACAAAACGUCACGUUCAUAACCAGGAUCAGAGAGGUCCAUAGAGCAAAUUAUCCUUACAAAAUACCGAAUUAGCCCUGGCGAACUUAGGUCCAUAUCACCGCUCAUUAAGAAUGACCAUGUCAUGCUGUUUUGGGAAUACCGCCUAUGUAGCGAACAAGUGAAUACGACUGAGCCUCGGUUGAAUUUCCGACGAGGAGAUUUUGUCGCCAUGAGAAGGGCAUUAUCUGCAGUGGGCUGGAAUAAUGUUCCUUCUGGAUAUACAGACGUUGAUUGGAACACUCUCAAAGGAGUUGUAACAGACAUCACGAAUCUAUACUGUCCGAUAAAGAGAGUAAAAAAGAAUAUUUGUCCUGCCUGGAUAACGCGGGAUAUAAAGAAAGAAGAAAACCGAAAUAAAAAACCUUGGAGAAGGUGCGCAACAACAAAACAACCAUCCCGUUACGAGCUAUUUCGUCAAAAGCGAAACGAGGUAAUUUCGGCUAUCCGCAAAUCGCGGAAGGAGUAUGAAAUGCGAGUUAUGAAACGGGUCGUCGGUAAACCAAACGUGCUCUUCAGUUACAUCAACAGUAGGUUAAAGGACAAGGAGACCGUCUUCGUACUGAAAGGAGAAGACGAUGAGGAUAUCAUCGAAAAUGACGCUAAUGCAGAACAUCUAAGCCGGUUUUUCGUAUCUGUUUUCACCGACGAAACGGACUUUGAUGAUGCUGGAUUGCCCGCUGGGGCAACCGAUGAAAUAAUAGAAAAGAUCGACUUCACGGAAGAAGACGUGAGGAAGGAACUUCCAGCGCUUAAGGAGGGUAAGUCUCCGGGUCCAGACCAAAUUCCGGCAAAAGAUCUGAAGGAGUUGGCUUUCGAACUCGCCAGACCGCUUUCGCACAUCUUCAGGUCGUCCUUUGACCGAGGCAUUCUCCCCUCUGAUUGGAAAGUUGCGAAAAUAUACCUCAUUUACAAGAGUGGAUCCAGAACAUGUACAAACAAUUAUCGGCCGAUGAGCCUGACCUGCAUUUUUUGCAAAGAUAUGGCGAGAAUAGUCAAAGAACCCAUAAUGAAGUUCCUUGAAGAAAAUAAUUUCAUUGCCAGUUCCCAACAUGGCUUUCGGCGAAAUCACUCCUGCCUUACUAAUAUGCUCUAUUCAACGGAACAGUGGUUUGGCUCGAUAGACGAAGGAACAAGGACCGAUAUCGUCUACAUAGAUUUCAAGAAAGCCUUUGAUAGUGUUCCACAGCACCGGUUACUGAACAAGGUUUGA